AUGGGUCUCGCUUCUGGUUUCUACAACGCUAUUGCUCGACGCAACAGUGUCUUUGCGACAACCAUCUUUGCCAGUGCAUUUGCCUUUAGCAUUGGCUUUGAUCAGGCUAUCAACGCGUAUUGGGAAAACCGUAACAAGGGGAAACUAUGGAAGGACAUCCGCUCUAGAUAUGUUGAGCAAGACUCUGACGAAUAG